AUGGCCGAUCUAUCAAACUAUCUCGCAUCUAGAUACCUUGUUGCCGAUCCAAAGCCAUCCAAGAAGCGCAAGCGCAAGCAAGAAAAGGCACCAUCGGGACUUCUCAUCACCGACGACGACGAUGACACAGCCUGGAACAAAGGCUCCAAACAAGACGCUGAUGACGAAGAUGGCCCAUUGACUGUCUCAAAUAUCACAGCCGAAUUUCGGAAGCUAAAGAAGAGCAAUUGGAAGACUGUAGGGGAGGGUGGGAGUGCCCCGAAUCAGGAUGACAGUGCGGCGGCAGAUGCCAUCAUCGCUUCAGCUGCUGCCGAAAACGAUGCAGCAAGGGAGGCUGAUGAUGAGCUGCCGGUCGUCGAAGGCGAUGGAAGCGUAGUGAAAAUGAGCGAUGGAACACAUGCCGGCCUGCAAAGCGCUGCAUCAGUCUCGGCACAGUUGAGACGGCGGCAGCAAGAAGAACGCGAUGAAUUCGAACGUCACCGGAAGAAUGCAAAAGAAGAAGAGACAGUUUAUCGAGAUGCCACCGGUCGACGAAUAGACAUAUCUAUGAAGAGAGCAGAGGCACGGCGUGCAGCUGCCGAGGCUGAGGAAAAAGAGAGACUUGCCAAGGAGUCUCUCAAGGGCGAGGUCCAGCUGGAAAAUGCGAGACGACGCAGGGAAGAGCUGGAGGAUGCCAAGCUCAUGACUUUUGCGCGCAAGGCCGACGACGAGGAUAUGAACCGAGAAAUGAUGGACCAGCAAAGAUGGAACGAUCCUAUGACGCAGUUUAUGGCUGAGAAAGACACAACCCGAGGAAGCAGGAGUUCGAAACGUCGCCCUGUGUAUUCAGGAUCAGCAGCCCCUAAUCGAUAUGGCAUCAAACCAGGAUACCGAUGGGAUGGUGUGGACAGGGGUAAUGGGCUCGAAGCAGAGCGGUUCAAGGCAUUAAAUCGGCGUGAACGCAACAAGGGACUGGAUUAUGCAUGGCAAAUGGAUGAGUAA